ACCGAGUGGCCGGGCAAAGCACCCAGGCACCCAGCCGAGUCGGCCAGUCGCCAACGACUUCACGAAGGCCGGAAGGGGGGAGAAGAGAUGAGCUCCUCCUCGUCGGCGUCGGCCGUGCCGCCGGAGGACGACGUCUGCUCCGUCUGCCACGACCGCUUCCGGAUCCCGUGCCAGGCAAACUGCUCCCACUGGUUCUGUGGAGAGUGCAUCAUCCGUGUUUGGCAUCAUGGGCCUGCAGUACAGGCUUGCAAGUGUCCCAUUUGUCGCCGCCUUAUAAAUCUACUGGUACCUGCUCCUUUAUCAGAGCAGGAGGAUGAUCCACAACUUCACCGUAUUUUAGGAGAGAUUCAGCACUAUAACUGUAUAUUUGGUGGAGCACCACGUAGCCUGACUCAGAGGUUGCAAGACCUACCCUUCUUCAUCCGAAGACUGUUCAGAGAACUAAUGGAUCCCCAGAGGACUCUCCCACUUGUGUUCAGGGCGCGGAUGAUGAUGAUGGUUGCAUUGAGCGCAAUUUACGUGCUGAGCCCUGUUGACAUUCUCCCCGAAAGUGUGCUGGGGCUCUUUGGAUUCGUUGAUGACCUGCUGAUUCUGUUGAUCGUGUUCCUCCACCUCGCCGCCGUCUACCGGUCGUUGCUUCUGUACCGCCAUGGGGGGCAGUAGAAGGUGUUGUGCAUAGUCAUUUGCUUAGCUGGGUUCCAUGGGAAGUUUUCGAGGUGGCAGCAGCUUUGGAUGAGUGCCAAGUAGAUGACGACGAUACGAAGGACGGCUAGCUUGUGCCUGUUUUGUACUGUUCUGCUAUGCCUGUUUCCUUAUGAUUCUGACACAGUGAGCUUGUGUUGAUGGAGGUGGAACUCUGCUCUAUUCGGCUUGCCGGAUCUGCACAGUUUACGGAUUACAAAUUGUUUCUUGUGUCAA